AUGGCUCCCAGGCUCAGAGAUCCCUCCCUUUUCAAACAAGACGUGUGCUACGUGAAUGGCGAAUGGGUAAAAGCCCAGUCGGGCAAGACAUUCGAGGUCCAUGAUCCAGCCACUGGCCAACUAAUCGGUACAUGUCCCGAGUUUGACACCCAGGACACCGAGAAGGCUAUUGCGGCAGCCGAGGUCGCCUUUGACGAGUUCCGCCACAAGACAGGGCGCGAGCGCUCCAAGUUGCUCCGGAAAUGGUACGACCUCAUGGUUGAAAACGCCGACGACCUGGCCACCCUCAUCACCUUGGAGAACGGCAAGCCAACAGCCGACGCCAAGGGUGAGGUGACGUACGCCGCCAACUUUUUUGAGUGGUUCAGCGAGGAAGCGCCACGCAUCUACGGUGACACCAUCCCCUCGUCAGUGCCGGGCAACCGCGUCUUCACCCUGAAGGAGCCCGUCGGCGUCUGCGGGCUCAUCACGCCAUGGAACUUCCCCGCCGCCAUGAUCACCCGCAAGGUCGGCCCCGCGCUGGCCGUGGGCUGCACCGUGGUGUGCAAAGCCCCCGGCGAGACGCCCUACACCCCAUUGGCUCUCGCCGAGCUCGCCCACCGCGCCGGGAUCCCCAAGGGCGUCGUCAACGUUAUCACGGCGCUCCACAAUACCCCCAAGGUGGGCGAAGUCCUGACCACCGACCCGGCCGUCCGCAAGAUCUCCUUCACCGGCUCGACCCCCGUCGGCAAGCUGCUCAUGAAGCAGUGCUCGGGCACACUCAAGAAGCUCUCGCUUGAGCUCGGCGGUAAUGCACCCUUUAUCGUCUUCGACGAUGCUGACGUCGACCUCGCCGUCGCGGGCGCCAUCGCUUCCAAGUUCCGCUCGUCGGGCCAGACAUGCGUCUGCGCCAACCGCAUCUUCGUGCAACGCGGCAUCUACGACGAGUUCGCCACCAAGUUCGCCGCCAAGGUCCGCGAGUUUACCGUCGGGAACCCUUUCGGCGCGGGCGUCACCCACGGGCCCCUGAUCCACCACAAGGCCGUCGACAAGGUCGAGCAGCACGUGCGCGACGCCGAGCAGAAGGGCGCGAAGGUCGUCUUGGGCGGACACAAGCUCCCCGAUCUAGGGCCCAACUUCUACCAGCCAACCGUGUUGAGGGGCGUGACGACCGACAUGGCCAUGGCGGCCGAGGAAACGUUUGGUCCCGUGGCUGGGCUGUUUGCCUUCGACACGGAGGAGGAGGUGGUCAGGAUCGCCAACUCCACUCCUGUCGGGCUGGCCGGGUACUUCUUUUCACGGGAUCUGCACCGUGUAUACCGCGUUGCGGAGCACCUCGAGGUGGGUAUGGUGGGCGUGAACACGGGGUUGAUCUCGGACCCGGCCUCGCCCUUUGGCGGGGUAAAGGAGAGCGGCUUUGGGCGGGAGGGCUCGCUAUACGGCAUUGGGGAAUACCAAGUCACCAAGAUGGUUACGUACGGGGGUAUGGGGAAGCCGUUGCAGAGUUAG